ACUCUUUUCAUACCUCCAUUGUCUCUGAAUGCGCUUGCGUGCUGGAGAGGCGAUGGCGUAUAUAUCUUGCUGUGAAUGCGGAUGAGAAGGCUUUAUUUUUAGUCGUCAUAUCAAAAGAGCGUAAAAGGUUUGUUGUACCUGUUUCGUUGAGGAUUUAACUACUUAAGAUUUUAGGAAGAGCGGAGGAUCUUCCUGGCUUGUUUCAUUGGGUUUAAAUCUCAGAAAACGCCUAAUGUUUUUAAAAAGAGCACGAGAAAGCGGAAGUGGAGAGCAGAGUGACCGGGAUCGGAAGUCUUGAGUAAGCAGGUUCAUUAUCGGGAGUUACAAGCCAUGGAUGCAAAGAAAGAUGAAGCAUGUGAAAGAAUUCUGCUAGAGCCAUACAAGUAUUUACUGCAGCUUCCAGGUAAACAGGUGAGGAGCAAACUUUCACAAGCUUUCAACCACUGGCUCAAUGUCCCAGAAGAUAAACUUCAGGUUAUCAUUGCGGUGACAGAGAUGCUACACAAUGCUAGCCUUCUAAUUGAUGAUAUUGAAGAUAACUCCAAAUUACGACGUGGCUUCCCAGUGGCCCACAGUAUUUAUGGAAUACCAUCUGUCAUCAACUCUGCCAACUAUGUAUAUUUUUUAGGUUUGGAGAAAGUGCUGACAUUAGAUCAUCCAGAGGCUGUGCAGGUGUUCACUCGGCAACUUUUGGAGCUACACCGUGGACAGGGUCUAGAUAUCUACUGGCGUGACACAUAUACUUGCCCUACUGAGCAAGAAUAUAAAGAUAUGGUGCUCAAGAAGACAGGGGGCCUCUUUGGCUUAGCUGUAGGGCUCAUGCAGCUCUUUUCCAGUGACAGAAGAGACUUGAAGCCCUUGCUGAAUACAAUGGGACUCUUUUUCCAAAUCCGUGAUGACUAUGCCAAUCUUCUAUCCAAAGAGUACAGUGAGAACAAGAGUUUUUGUGAAGACUUGACAGAGGGUAAAUUCUCUUUUCCCACAAUUCAUGCCAUUUGGUCUCGACCUGAUAGCACUCAAGUGCAAAAUAUUCUUCGCCAGCGCACUGAAAAUGUGGACAUCAAGCGAUACUGCGUGGACUACCUAGAAAAAAUUGGCUCUUUUGCCUAUACGCGGCAAACUCUUGAAAAGCUGGAGGCUGAAGCCUAUAAGCAGAUUGAGGAUUUGGGGGGCAACCCACAAUUAGAAGCUUUAAUGCAGCAACUGAGUAAACUUUUCAAGGAAAUCUGAUUCCUAUUUGGCCUUGUGAUUUUUUUAAAGGGUUGUUUUCAUGCCUUUCAGAAAAGCUGGGAAAUUAUUCAUUUAACAGUUUCUCAGGUUGACACUCCAAACGUCAUAAAGAGUGCGCCCUCAGGGGAAGAGGACAAAGAAUGGAUUUUAAAGUUUUUUUAUAUAUAUAU